ACACCUUGUGAGGAGGAGCUUGAGGAAUCCCCUGGUGAGGAUGUACGGAUAUAAAGGCAGACCUGCCCUCCUUUAAACUCACACGUGGACUCUUGUUGACAACACGACUCUUCCUUCACACAGUCUUCCGCUGUUUCUUCAUGAUGAACUACACAGAGCUGAGCAGCUGUCGGUUCCAGUUCGACACGUCCUACCCACAAUCACCGGACCAAGGUUUGGACAUGUUCGGCAGCCUGCAGGUCCCCGCCCCGAUGGAAGCGUACGGAGGCUACGGUGAGUCGGCCGGGCACGUCCCGGCCCCGGCGGCGGCAGCUCACGGGCCCGGGCGGUGUCUGAUGUGGGCCUGUAAGACGUGCCGGAGCAGGAAGGCGUCUCGGCACGACAGGAGGAAGGCCGCCACCAUGAGGGAGAGAAGACGGCUCGUCAAGGUGAACGAGGCGUUCGAGGUGCUGAAGAAAAAGACGCACAUGAAGCCGAACCAGAAGACGCCCAAGGUGGACAUCCUCCGGAACGCCAUCGCCUACAUCGAGCAGCUGCACCAAACUCUGCGGGACGGUCAGGAGAACUCGGCGGGACAGAGCGCGGACUCCCCCGCGGCCAGCCCCGGUGCAUGCUCCGAUGGAAUGUCUGCGAACAGUCCCGACAGUGUGUGGUCAGAUACAUCCGGGACCUUCCAAGGGGAAGACAACAUGGCGUCAUUCGGUUGUGAUGACGUCACCGCAUCAUGGAACUCAGCCUCCUGCCUGGACAGCCUCUCUCUGGUCGUGCAGAACAUCUCCGCAUUCGCAGCCCAAGAUUCGCACCAAGGCUACACUCCACUGAGAUCAUAGGAUCACCUUGCCAAAAUCUUGUUCAAACGUGGACUGUGUCCAUAUGUAUAUAUUAUAUAUUGAAUUCAUAUUUUCACGCAAGAAGGCAUUGUGUAUAGACGCGUGUGUUAUGUCCUAAGUUCGCAAGUAACUGUAAGUUACAU